GUAUGCAGCCCUGGUUUUAAAUUUGCUUGGUUACAUUAAACGUGGCGGUGGCGAGUCUAUCAUAAGUUAGGUUAUAUCGUAUGCAUCAAAAUCAUACAAUUAUUUAUAAGCUAGUUUUUUAAGGAAAAAACACUUAAAUUUAGUGAAUUUGCAGUGCGAAAUCUUUAAAAAACCACAGACGAACACUUGGCACAAACGAAAGUUACGUGUAAACGUCGUGGCUUUUGUUUAAUUGUUUUGAAGAACAAGAACUUUGGCAACGUUGAAACCAAGCUUAAAAAUACAUAACAAACCACUAAAAUAAUAGCAACGUCAAAAGUGUAAAAAAAAGAAAUUUUUAAAAGUGCGCUCUCCCAAAAAAAACCAUUGAAAACACAUAAUAAUUUCUUUGCACCCCGUGUUACCAAAAAAGCGGCAAGAUUACGUCAAUUAUUGAAAACCUACCCGGCGCUAUAGCUCACAACCACAACCAAAAUAACAUCAUGGAGGAAGAUGAAAGGGGCAAACUGUUUGUGGGCGGCCUGUCCUGGGAGACGACGCAAGAGAACCUGUCGCGCUAUUUCUGCCGCUUCGGAGACAUCAUCGAUUGUGUGGUAAUGAAGAACAAUGAGAGCGGAAGGUCACGCGGCUUUGGCUUUGUAACCUUUGCCGAUCCCACCAACGUCAACCACGUGCUGCAGAAUGGACCGCAUACGCUGGACGGACGCACGAUUGAUCCCAAGCCGUGUAAUCCACGCACCCUCCAGAAGCCGAAGAAGGGCGGCGGCUAUAAGGUCUUCCUGGGUGGCCUCCCAUCGAACGUCACCGAGACCGAUCUGCGUACUUUCUUUGGACGAUAUGGCAAGGUCACCGAGGUGGUGAUCAUGUACGAUCAGGAGAAAAAGAAGUCCCGUGGAUUUGGAUUCCUCUCCUUCGAGGAGGAGUCGUCGGUGGAGCACGUUACUAACGAGCGCUACAUCAAUCUAAAUGGCAAGCAGGUCGAGAUCAAGAAGGCCGAGCCUCGCGAUGGAUCUGGCGGCCAGAACUCCAACAAUAGCACGGUUGGCGGCGCCUAUGGCAAGCUUGGAAACGAGUGCAGCCACUGGGGACCUCAUCAUGCUCCGAUCAACAUGAUGCAGGGCCAAAAUGGUCAGAUGGGUGGACCACCACUAAACAUGCCCAUUGGAGCGCCGAACAUGAUGCCUGGAUACCAGGGCUGGGGUACAUCUCCGCAGCAGCAGCAGUAUGGCUAUGGCAACAGCGGCCCUGGAUCGUACCAGGGAUGGGGAGCACCCCCUGGCCCCCAGGGACCUCCGCCGCAAUGGUCUAACUACGCUGGACCGCAGCAGACGCAGGGUUAUGGCGGUUAUGACAUGUACAACUCUACGUCAACUGGAGCUCCCUCGGGACCAUCAGGCGGCGGUAGCUGGAAUACGUGGAACAUGCCGCCCAACUCGGCCGGCCCGACCGGAGCCCCUGGCGCUGGAGCUGGCACUGCCACGGACAUGUAUUCGCGAGCUCAGACCUGGGCAGCGGGAGGUCCCUCAACAACUGGACCCGUUGGUGGCAUGCCACGCACCGGACCGGGAAACUCGGCUUCGAAGUCGGGAUCUGAAUACGAUUACGGUGGCUAUGGCUCCGGUUACGACUACGACUACAGCAACUACGUGAAGCAGGAAGGAGCCUCUAACUACGCAGCUGGACCGCGGUCGGCGUAUGGCAACGAUAGCUCCACGCAGCCACCCUAUGCAGCCUCGCAGGCUGUCUAAAGCGGAAGCUUUAAGAUCAGACUGUGGAGGAAUAGGUGGCAUAGUGGUAGAAGUAGGAGUUGUAGGAGUAGGAGUAGAAGAGCCGUCGGCGUUGUCCUCGUCGGCGAAUGAUGAAGAAAAAAAGAUGGUGGUAAUUGUAAGCUAAAGCGUCGUCUGUUCGUUUUUAUUUCAGAUCAGAUCAGUUGUUGAAAUUAAUAUUUAAACUCUUGUACAACUAUAAUUUAAAGCGAAACAAAUUUAACACAAGAAUACAUAGCGACAAGUCAGAUUCAUAGAUAUACAUGUAUGUUCUAUAGAAAUGAGUAUGUAAUUUAUAGGAAAAAAAAAACAUCAGAAACACCCAUUCAGACGAGAACAUUAUUUCUUUCAUGCGCCUCACUUAAAAAAAAAAAAAACAAAACAAAACUCACGAGCAUUUUCCUGUAUCCCAUUUAUAUAUAUAUAUAAAAAAAAAAAUGAAAACAAACACCUACAAACCAAUCAGCCAGAAUCAACUAACAAGAACUACCCAACCAACUAAAACCCGUAGAUACAUACGAUACAUGGCAUUAACAAAACAAACAAAAAAAAAACAAAUAGAAACGUGAAGAUUUAAAAGUAAUGAUUUACAAGUAUAAAGUUUAGCUAAUUAGACACAAGAUCAAGAUGAAAGAGUGCGAAAUACCAACACAAAGAAAAUAAGAACUUAUAAUUUUAUUUAAAAAGUAAAAGUAAACGAGUAAAGGUCCCCUUAAUUACUAAAAUUAGUAAAUACAAAUUCGAAAUUGUACAUUUUAAAGCAAAAGCACGCGCCGGUCUCUGCUUCGCCUUCUCUGGCCCCCCCAUUUUAGAUCGUCUAUUGCAUUAUCUAUCGUCGGUAACUUGGGCGACAAGGUUAAGCGGAAAUUCGAAAAGGAAUUAAUAAUAGAAGGAAAGAUAAUGAUACCGAGAACUCUACUCUAUGCUUGCCUUAGCCUCUGUGACUCAUUGGCCAUUUUUAUGGUUAAUUAUGACGGCAAUUUCUCCCUCUUGUAGGGGGGGAAAAAUGUAGCGAAUUUAUGGCAAACAGAAACAGUUUAUUUAAGCCAUUACUAAUUGACUCAGUGGCCAGUAUGUCAUGCAUUUUGAGGGUCGAGAAUAGGGAGGAGAAUGAGUAGGAGGGGCGGGACCGACAUGGGAAAGAUACGUUACAAAAUUAAAAAUUUACCAUUAAAGUAAACAAAACAAAACUAGCUAAAAGUUAAACUACAUAUAUAAAGAAACCUAAUUAAUAAGCGUAUGUCGUCGUUUACAUCUAAGCGAAAGUUGAACUUGAAACUAGAAUUAUAUAGUGCGUUGGAUUUAUUAUUUAGUUAAAGCGAGGUGAAGAGGUAACAUGAAGAAGAAGCCAAGCAGCAGCAGCAUGAUAAAGAUUGAUUAUAAUGGAUAUGGAAAUCAACAAAAACCACAAAAAAUACGAAACACACUCUUAACAAAUAUACAUAAAACUAUAUACAUACAUACUUAUAUACAAUAUAUAUACACAUAUAUAUUUAACAAGUAUAACAAGGAAACUAAAACGAAAUGAAACAAAAAAAAAAUGAUUAAAAAAAAGAGCAAAAGGAAACGUAAAUUUAAAGCUACAGUUAAUGAGAGAGAGUUAAAAAAAAAAAAUAAAACAAGGGAAGCAGCAGCAGGCGUAGGACAAGUUACAAAAAAAAAAAAAGAUACGAUGCUUAGAGUUGCGUUGCACAUUGUUUUUUUUUUUUUGAAGAUUUUCAUCGUUUGCCAAGCAGACAACAACAGCAGGAUGAUCUAACGACAACCAGCUAAGAGAGUGUGCACUACAAACAUCAGUUAACAACACAUAACAAACAACACCAACACGCACACGCACUUACACUUAACCCCAUUUUGGUAACAACAACCACAGAACAGAAGCAAGACAGCAGAGGGAGGAGGUAAAAAAAAAUGGAAAAAUAAAAAUAUAUAGGAAGAGAAAGAGGAAGUUAAUUGCAUAAAGAGCAAGCAGAAAAGUUUAAUUGAUUAUGAACAUAACAUAUAUAUAUAUAUAUCUUUAAUUACUUAUACAUAUUUACUCUUAACUACUCUGCACGCUCACUAACCGCCGAGCGUGCACUGUCUGUAAAACAAGAUGAAAGUAAACUAUUUUAAUGAUGAUUAUAUGAUUGCGAUUUUACAAUUUAUUAUUACAAAAAAACGAAAAGAUGGAAAAAAAAACAAAAUCAACAAACAAACAACAAAAUGAGAAACAUAUUAUAUGCUAAUACCUUUACAAUACACAUAUAUUAUAAAAUAUGAAGUAAUUUUUUCUAUUAAAAUACCAUACACUAAUUUUUAAUUUGUUUAUUUACAACAAAUCGAUUUACAAUACAUACAUUUAAUUACAAUAUACAAUACCAUACUUUACUUUA